UAUUUGGCCUGACCGAUCCGGCUUUAUUUGUCUGCAAACGACGAGGACGUGUUUCCGAUUUUCCUGGAUUAAAAAAAAAAUUAAGUUAUGUAAAUGUCAACCUUAUGCCAGCCAUGGACACGUGAAAAUCGGAUUUAGCAGAGGUUUAAAUUAUGAGAUCGCGUGGUGAAACAUGUUACACUUGGGUAAGUGUGCCUAUCAAACUGCAUACUGAGUUUAACAAUUGAGACCACACAACCACGAACAUGUCUAUUAGAGGAAGAGAAUCGAUAAAAGUAUUGCAUCAUAAGAUGACCUUUGAUCAAGACAAUGACGUAUAUUUUAGCAGCAUACCACAAACAGAAAAUCCGGAACUAAAGUCCAGGAUGUUCAAGUGCAGAAACAUAGAUGUCAUUGUGUAUAUUACAGUCAUCAUUUUUGGCAUAGGAUCAUGGGUAGACAUCAAUGGAUUAUGGGUAGAACUUCCAGUAAUGAUUACAGAGGGUCUUCCGGAGGGCUGGAACCUGCCUUCUUACUUGUCCAUCAUAAUACAAAUUGCUAACAUAGGACCGCUCUUCGUGACCAUUAUUCACUUGUGUGCACCUGGCAAACUAAGCAACAAACUUGUGACUUAUGUCAUUCUUGGAGUGGGGAGUUUAGCAUGUUUGUUUCUAGCUUUUUAUUGGAAAACCACUGCUUAUGUAGCGGGGGAGAACAGGAGCGUAGUGCUUCUCGUGCUACAAUUUUUCUUAGCUUUAGUGGACUGCACUACAUCGGUUGUCUUUCUGCCCUUCAUGGUGAAGUUUAAGUCGGAAUACAUGACAGCCUAUUUCAUUGGGGAGGGAAUGAGUGGUAUGUUGCCUAGUCUGGUAGCACUGGGUCAGGGCAGCGGAUCUGUGUCCUGUGUAAACGUUUCCUCCACCAACACCACAACAAAUAUAACAACAUACCAUGUGUUUCCUAAAUCUAACCCACCAAACUUCCCGGUGCGUGAUUUCUUUUUCUUUUUGUUUGCCAUGGUCCUGUCCAGUGGCAUCGCAUUUACACUUAUGAAUUAUGUUCCAUAUUACAAGGAAGAGUAUGCUUCAGAUGAUGAUGAUGAAGAGGAAUCCUCAGAGGAUGACAAAUUUCAGAGCAGCUAUGAACUUACCAACGGUGAAAACUCGGGGAGGAUAACUUUUUCAGACCCAGCGACUAUAGGGUUAUCAACAUCCAAACUGGUGAAGAAAGGCAGAAAACGUCAAAAUGUGGACAUAUCCGGAACAUCAGAUAAUGAAGUUACAACAAUAAAAGAAAUCCAGCCAAUAUCUAAAUCACAAUAUGCAUACUUCCUAAUUUUGACAGCCUUCCUAAAUUCGCUCACAAAUAGUAUCUUACCAUCCAUUCAGACAUUUUCAUGUAUGCCUUAUGGAAUAUCAGCCUACCACUUAACAGCAGCUCUGUUCAACAUUUCCAAUCCUGUGGCCUGUUUUAUUGCGAUGUUCCAUUCAGCCUCCUCCAGCAUUUUUAUCAGUUUCCUGUCCUUCCUGGGGUCUGUGACAGCAGCCAUUAUCCUGUACACAGCGGCUGCUAGUCCUACUCCCUUACUAGUAGGAACACAGGCAGGAGAGGCUCUCAUUAUGGAGUUGCCAGCCCCUGACAGUUCACUGUGGCUAUUGAAAUAUUUUCAGACGACAUCGCAGAAAAAUAAGUUACUGUAUGGGUUCUAGGAGGACUGCUGUUAACAUAUUCCAAAGUUGCCAUAGCAACCAUCUUUAGAUCACAUGGGCAGAGAGCAUUGAUGUGGAUUGGCGUUAUGCAGCAAGUGGGGUCUUUUUUUGGAGCAGUACUGUUUUAUCUUUUGAUUAACGUGUGGGUGAUGUUCAAGAGUGCUCCUUAUUGUUCAAGUUGAUCAUACACACCUCCCCUCCCCCUAUAAAUGAUCAAAGACCAAAUCAGUUAAUGUGAUGAACGGGACCAUUUUUGGACUCUCUGCCAUAAGAAAUCGAAAUCUCAACAUUAUUUGCAUUUUUAUAUUUGUUUACAGAUUGGAAUAUUUUGGAGUGCUACUGUGUUUGCCUGUUAUGUCUAGAUAUAUAGAUCUGAAAAGAUAAUGCUUGCUAAA